UCUGAAUACGUUUUGUGUAUGCUUUUCGGCAUCACAAACACGGUUUGCUCUCUUUUCCUACGAUUCAGUAGAAGAAGAAUUCUCCUAAAAGUACUAGCCAACGACGAGUAUGCUGGUGUGCGGGUUCCAACGAGGAGUGAAGUAAUCAGCUUUCAAAGUGUUAUAUCCACCAAGUACCCUGCACUUCCCGACGUUUUUGCCGUAGCCGACGGUCUCAAGCUGAAUCUGGAAGAAUCCAGCGAUUCUGUGCCGCAAAAUGCAUUUUAUAACGGUUGGACACAUGGGCAUUAUGUCAGCAACGUGCUAGUGUUCGCACCAAAUGGAGUCAUCGUCAUGUGUGCUAUCAAUGCUCCAGGGGCCAUGCACGAUUCCGAAAUUGCAGAGUGGGGUGGUGUAUACGCUAAACUUGAGGACGUUUUCGAAGCAACAGGAGCUCGUUGUGUGGUUGAUUCGGGGUUUUCGAAAGGAGAUUACCCGUUUCUGAUUUAG